AUGGCGGGAAUGGCGCUUCCAAGGAUUCCCUGGAAUUUUCCCGCACUCUGCUGGCUCCUGGCCGUGCCCAUUCCCGGCUCCCUGGGCUUGGAAUGCCAGGAGCACCAGUACAGCUUCCAUGAGAAAUGCUGCAGCGACUGUGCCCCAGGGGAGAGGAUGCGGAGUCGCUGCACGGCCUCGGCCGACACCGUGUGCUCGCCGUGCCAGGAUGGAUAUUUCAGCUCCCAGCACCACCACGGCUUCUGCCAAAGCUGCACCAUCUGCAACGCCCGGAAGGGCAGCGUGGAGGUGAAGCCGUGCGAGAAGACCUCGGACAGGGUGUGCGCCUGCCAGGCGGGAUUCCAGCCUGCCGGGGGCAUUCCUGUGGGAAGGGAGUGCUCCCGAUGUCCUGAAGGGACUUUCUCCAGAGGAGGGAACGAGAACUGCCGGCCUUGGACCAACUGCAGCAGUUUUGGGAAGAGCACGCUCCGGGCUGGCACGGGCACACAGGAUGCCCAGUGCAGCAGCAGCCCUGGCAGUGCCAGCAGCCCUGGCCCACAUCCCUCUCCCACGGAAUUCCCGGAAAACAGGGACCCCUUUCCCACGGAAUUCCCCGAGAACAGCUCCAGAGCAUCCAGCCCCAGGGAGAUCCCUGAGGUUUGUCGGGAUCCCGGCGCUGCCACGGAGCCUGGAUGGGGCUCUCUCUCCCUGCUCCUGCUGUGCCUGCUCCUGCUGAUGGUGAGUGGAAUUUCCAUCCUGCUCCUGAUCAUCCAGGCAGCCCAGAAAAAAGCCAGGAAUGGGCCUGGCAGGAGCACCCAGCCCAAGGAGAGGAGCUGCAGGAUUCCCAUCCAGGAGGAGCAGAUCGAUUCCAACUCCAGCCUCAUCAAAAACUGACCCCACCUGGGGCUGCUCCUGCUCUGCUGAGCCCCUGGCACUAAUUAGGGCUGCUUUUGCUUAAUUGGGAGUUAAUUUCAGGCUGGAUUCACUCUUUGAUUAACUCAGCAUCUCCCUUUGGAAUUCAGGAGAAUUCCUGAGGGAAUUUUGUGUGGAUUUUUUUUUUCUUUUGGGCAAAUCCUUGAGCUCUAAGAUCAGGAUCAAGUGGCAGAGCUGAGCUUUAAAAUCAGGAUCAAGUGGCAGAGCUGAGCUCUAAAAUCAGGAUUAAGUGGCAGAGCUGAGCUCUAAAAUCAGGAUCAAGUGGCAGAGCUGAGCUCUAAAAUCAGGAUCAAGUGGCAGAGCUGAGCUCUAAAAUCAGGAUCAAGAGGCAGAGCUGAGCUCUAAAAUCAGGAUCAAGUGGCAGAGCCAAGCUCUAAAAUCAGGAUUAAGUGGUAGAGCUGAGCUCUAAAAUCAGGAUCAAGUGGCAGAGCUGAGCUCUAAAAUCAGGAUCCAGUGGCAGAGCUGAGCUCUAAAAUCAGGAUUAAGUGGCAAAGCUGAGCUCUAAAAUCAGGAUUAAAUCAAACUCAAUCCACACUUCAUGAAAUGAAUUUUCCCUCUCUAAUUGCAUUUCCACAAAUCUGGAAAGGAAAUUUUUUUGGGGGAGCAAAUCCCAAACUCUGCAAUGCCUGCGAGGAGCCCAAAGUGUCCUUUUGCUGAAUUUGAAAUAUUUCCCUGGAAAUUCCAGAAAAAUGGAAUUUUUUAUCAUUCAGGAGUGAUUUUCCCUCCAAAACUCCUCAAAAAAUGGGAAUUGGAAACCCCAGAUCCCAAAAUAUCCCCAAGCAUCCAGCAGGGAAUGGAUGCAGGGAUCCAGGAGGUGUUUAAAUCCAUGGAUUUGGAAGAGUUGGGGUUUUUUAUAUGUUAUACAUAUCCAGAGGGGUUUAUACAAUGUAUAGGAAGGUUUGUAUCGUGUACAAAAUGACAUUUGGGGGAAUAAAACUCUGGAAAAACAAA